CAAGGUACACUUUUUACUUAAUAUAUUUUAAAUCGUGAACGCGAGUAAAAUUAAUCAUCAUGUACUUCAUAAGUGUUUAGAGCGUUACCAAUUUUUGGAUUGCUAAAAACAAAAAGGAUAUAUAUUCCAUAGACCUACAGGUCUAUGAUGUAGGUAGUUACUAAAAUAAUAAUUAAAUACACAAUUACACGAUUAUUACUUAUUACUGCCUUUUAUUUAUACAUUUUUAAAAUGAAAUCGAAUACAUACUUAAAACACUCAUAUAUUUUAUACGCCUUAAUGACUGAUCAAUUACUAAUAUGAUCGUUGUCCCCUACGUUUUGCCCCAAUUACUCGAUACUGGUUAAAAUUUCCAAAUUUCGAUGAUGGAUGUUCAAAAUUUGUUUUAAAUAAUAAAUUCAUGUUUUGCAUUUCGAUACUAAAAUUUUUAAAACAAAAUUGUGAUAUUAGUUUUAAAACUACGUCAUUAUCUUUUAGAAUAAUGGAAAACAUGGAAAUGUAGAAAAAUACACAGAAGCGUAACUAGAGACUAAAGCGCCUAGGAGCAAGAAAAUUGUUUUGCGUCCUAUAUUACAUAUUGUUAAUCUGUAUAGUUAACCGUACGAAAACACCUUAAAUAGAAUGCGCCCAGGGGCAGCUGCCCCCCUGCACCCACGGUUGCUACGCCACUGACUGAAUGCAAAGUAGAGCAGUUUUAAAUCUUUUAUACUUCCGACAUUUGCAGUCAGGUCCCGGGCACUUGUAAAAAUUAACACGGGUGACGGUAACAAUACUUAUCAUACAAAAACGUAGCGGCCAUGUUCUCGUUUGUGAAUUAGUAAAUGUUAUGUCCAUGAUAUAACUGAUUUAAUUAGACUAACUCAACAGGUAUGAUUGUAGGAUAAUACCGCGCAGGAAAAUUGCCCCAGACUUGGAAACGGAACUAUGGAAGUAUUUUGCCGUGUUAAGUUCUCAUUAUAAGUUUUAAUAUUAUCUUCAUGACCCGAGGCAAAACGUGUGAAAAUGCGCAGAUAGGAAACGUUCGUAAUAUAGCAAGUUUAUUAAGUCAUGAUCUACAUAUUAUUAUUAUUAGUUGUAUAUUACAUUUAUAAUUGAUUAUUUAUUAUGAAUACAACUAAUAGGAAAAUGGCUGCACGUUUUUGUUUACAUUGGAAGUGGGUCUUCUGCUUUAAUCAAUUCUGUGGUUAGACAUUGUUCCUACUUCCCGCCAAAUAGUCAAAUUCUAUUGUUGUCAGGUUGCUUAUCGUGCAACAAGGUUAGGUGUUCUGAAUUCUGAUUAUUAUAAACGAUCAUAAAACGGUUGGUAUUCAUUAUUAACGAGAGAUAGGAAUAAUCGAAACAUAUGAUCGAUAAUCGAUUAUUCAUAAUCGAAAUGUUGCAAUAAUUUUUUCAAAAUUAAAAUUUUAGCUCUCGAAUAGUAAAAUUGUACAAAUAAAAUUACAAAAAAUAUAUGUAUUGUUAUAUAAAAUAAAAUUCAAUCAAAAGUAAUUGGGAUGCCGUUGAAAUUAAUUCAUUGCUAAAUAUUAUUAUCGAAUUAUGUCGACUACUACCUGUUGUGGGGAUAAUGUUUAACGACGCUUUGACUACACUGAUUGCUACCAAGACGGUAAUCGCACGUAUAUUUGAUUGAGACUCUUGGCCAAUAGUGGUGGCCUUUAUAUUUAAUGUUUAUUUUGUAUUAUAUUUCAUAUUUUCAUUUGAUAUUUACCGUUUACUGUAAUAGUGUAAUGCAUUAUGCUAUUUCCUAACAUUCAUUUUUCUAUGUCAAUUGUCAACCUAUAUUCAGAUCCUCGCUAGUGUUAAAAAACUUGUCGUUUUAUGUCUUAUCAACUACACAUGCCAUACUUAUGAUGUUAUUACUUUUAAAUUUUAAAGUUAUGACCCACUCACACUUUGCAAUGUGACAUUAAAAUUGGUUAGAAAGUUAUCCUCAUCAUGCCGCCAUUGAGAAGGAGAAGUUCCCGCCCCCUAGUCCGCAGACAAUCUGCUCGUCAACCUAUGCCUAAAGAUCAGAUGGUCGAACUUGGCCUUAGACAUGGUAAAGCAUGUAUGUUUUGUGGAAGAAAAGAGAUUAGCGAAAAGCUUUAUGGUUUCUUGUAUCAGCUGAAUGAUAUAGUCGUUCAUUAUUUUUGCAUACUUCUUUCAUCUCGAGCUGUACAAAGAGGUAGGGAUAAUGAUGGAAUAUGGGGGUUUCUAGCAAAAGAUAUCAGAUCUGAACUUGAACGAGGAUCAAAAGUUGUAUGCAUUUAUUGUAAAAAAGAAGGAGCAACAAUAUCUUGUUGUGCUCCUAAAUGUAGGAAAGUGUUUCAUCUUCCAUGUGGAAUUGAAAAUGGGUCAAUGCAUCAGUUUUAUCAGACUUUCAAGUCAUUUUGUUCGCAACAUAGAAUAACACAAACAGUUGAACUACAAGAAUUACAAGACUCUGUGAAUGUUCAAUGUGCAAUUUGUAAAGACGAAGUAAAAGCAACACCUAUGCCGACGUCUUUAUGGGCCCCUUGUUGUAAACGCAAUGCAUGGUUUCACCGAAAAUGUAUUCAGGAUUUAGCGUUAAGUGCUGGAUACUUUUUCAAGUGUCCAUUAUGCAACAAUGUCGAAACAUUCAAAGCUAGAAUGUUAACUCUUGGAAUAUACAUACCAUCACGUAAAUUGCGCUCAAAUUGUGACGCCACAAAUAAAAAAAACUACAAUAAAGACAGUCGUUACCUGAAAAAAUAUAAUCACAGGGACGCUUCAUGGGAAAGGGUGCCGAACGCUUAUGCUGAAUUGUUAGAAAGACACUCUGAAUGUGAUGCAGAAAAUUGUUUGUGUCCACAUCCUCAAAAAAGAAAAUUUCAACAAGAUUCUGGACCAUGGGAAAUAAAACUAUGUUACUCUUGUGGCUCAAGUGGAACUCAUCUGCUUUGUGGUCAAAUUAAGUUGUGUGAAGAAAGAUGGUAUUGUGGACAAUGCCAAACUAUUACAGGAGGGCCUGUAGAUCGAAAGAGAAGACGUUUAAAUGAUAGUGUGGUGUCAACUAAUAGCAAUGCGUCUACUGCGCAAUGUGACGAUGUAACACCCACUAAAGAACUGAAGAAACCUUGUAGUGCCACUGUUCAGUCAAAUAGUAAUGUUACAGAAAAUAUUAACGGCAAUGCAUCUCAAUCAAAUGAGACAUUGGCGUUGACACAACAAGGUGAAGAUGCGAUAAUUGUUUUAGACAGUAGUGAUAGUGAUGACGAUGACGUAAAAGGUUGGCCAAAUAGAAUACGUGUUGUACUUUCUAUGUAUUUCAAACGUUUUCUAAAUUUUCUUGUUGCAUAUGUUGAUCCACCAAAAAUUGCCAUCCACCCACCCUCUAGCCAAUUACCUAUAAUAUCGGGUUAUAAAUCUAUGAGUAGUACUCCAGGGUUUAAUGGCUUUGAGAAUAGAUAUUCUUCGUCUGGUGAUUUGAAAACUUAUAACUAUGUAGUUACUGAGAGUAUUGAUUUAACUUUAGAUGAUGAUGACUGAGAAAUUAUUUCAUUUUAUUAUGUUAUUCAAACGAGAAUUGAGAGCCAAUACAAUAAUUAUGAUUUUAAGACUGAAAAUUUCCAUUAUAAUUUAUGUUCUCGAUUAUUAUUAUUAUUUAAAUACGAUGUAUAUAAUUUUUUUUUUAUAAGUAAUGAGCUUGAAUAAAAGUAACAUUUGUGCUUGUGUAAUAUUUU